UUGGGAGAUACGAUGUCACAUGAAUUUUGCUUUGAAGUUUGUACAUUCAUCGUUUCUAUUUUUUAAGAUGGCGGCGGAUUCCUGCAUCAGUCCUUGUUUGAAUGAUAGAGCCAUUGUCAGUAACGGUUGCGGUAGUUCACAAUGACAAAGGUUAUAUUGGCUGUGUUUUAAAUUGAGUUGUGUUGCUAUGGGAGGUAACUGUAAAUGAAUAUUUGUCAUGCUUGAAUAUUUAUAUUAGACAAAAAAAUGCGAGGCAAAUUGAAUACAGGAUAAGUUGCUCAUUGCACUGACGAGGCAUGCGAGAUUAGUUUAUAAUGAAUAAAGAUCAUUUUUAUUUUAUUUUCUUACUACGUCAGAGAUAAAAAGAUGAUAAAUUGAUAUUUAGUCAUACACACAGCAGAUAAAUGUUUCUUAGUAACGUGCAUAACGGUGAAUUGCUUCAAUAUUCAUCUAUCUCGUCUCCAAACUUAACCGACGCACGGAAGCUGAACUGGAUCAUUUAAAGAUGCGUUUUGAUCGGCGUAGGUCUUCGUCCUACAGAGGUUUACACUUAAAUGAUAAAAUCUUAGUUGGAGUUGAGAUUGCAACCCAAUAUUUGGGCUGUGGAAUUGUCUCACAAGUCAAAGGAACUGAUUACGAAAUUGCGCGUCUGAUUUACGACAUUCAUUCCUUGUAUUCUGAAGAUAAGAAUAAGCUAAAAAAUGCAAAAGAAGUUGUCGUAUUUAUCGAUAGUCAACGAAUUGGUAUUUCAAGUAAAGACGAUGAUCAUUUGUUAGUAAAUUUCCCUUUAACUCAAGUGAAAGAUAUUACAGUGUGUUUAAACGACGGUCCAUAUUCGAGGACUUGUGUUCUCGUAGCAAGAGAAAAUCACAUUUCGCAAUACAAAGCGUAUGUUUUCUACUGCAAAACAUAUAAACUUGCCCACGAGUUUUAUAAGUUAGCAACGUUAGCCUUUCAACUUGGCUUUACUCUUCUUGAAAAAUUCAACGAGAAAUCAGUUAUUGACGAGCCAUUUGAACGACUCUCACCUCGUUAUGAAUCAGUAAAAACGAUGACUAGCAAAUGGAAAAUAAAACGACAGACAAGAUCAUCAUCAAAUGAUAUUUCUCAAGAGAAUGAUAGUGUCUUCAUUGACGAAGAUGAACAGUGUACUAGUUGUGUGUUGGAGAGCGAAGAUUGUUUAAAUGAACGAGCAGUGACUGUUCUUCUUGCCGAAGAUAACUUGUGUGAAAGCCACACAGCUAGUUUUGAGAAUAUUUGUGAAAGAAAAACGAGUUGCAUCGAAACCGACUUUAAAAAAUCCGACCGUAACUCGCAUUCAUAUUUGGGAAAUUUAUUCCGAAAGUCUUGUCGUAGAGUUCGCAGUUAUUUCAGGCAAGAGUCCUUAGUCUCUCGUAAAAUCCUUGGUUCCACGUGAAAAUAAUGGUUCUCCGGUACAGAUGAAUUUCUUUGUGACUUCUUACCUUAUUAAAUAUUCCAUUAAGGCUGAAAAAUGCAGUACAAACUAUGCGUAAAUGUAUUACUUUAACUUGCCAGUUUGGUAUGAAAUGCGAUUUGUUUAGCUGUAUUGUAAACUAUAUUGUAACUUUGGUUGUUAAAAAUGGAUAAAAUAUAUUUUCUUGCUUAAAAA